GGAGCAGAGACAAGCGAGGCGAGAAGCGAGUGAGGCUGAGGGGGAGCCUGCUCACAGCUCACCACCACCACCACCACCACGCCUCGCUAUCAACUUAGUCAGCCAUAUUGCUACGUACGUACAUACGUGACUUUGUGACGAGUCUUACCCCGUGUCAGUGAGCUCCGUGUCCGGUCAUCGCCGUCGAGCCAGCGGGCUAUUUUUAUCCUUGUGUGGAUAUAUAAAGCGACGGCGCCCGGUUCAGGAGGAAGGAGGAGGCGCAGAGUGGACCGCUGGUAGCGGGGUGACAACACUCCAUCGUAGGCAUCCUUUACCUUGACGCGGCGCGGGCGUGCUGGAAGACGAAGGACAACUUCUUUCUCUUUUUUUCAGAAGCAGAAGACAACCUGAGAGAGGAUGAAGAUGCCCAAGCCGACGAACGUCCGCGUUACCACCAUGGAUGCUGAGUUGGAGUUUGCCAUCCAGCCCAAUACAACAGGCAAGCAGCUCUUUGACCAGGUGGUGAAGACUGUUGGCCUGAGGGAGGUUUGGUUCUUCGGCCUUCAGUACAUCGACAGCAAAGGCUACGUCACAUGGCUGAAGCUCAACAAAAAGGUUACGCAGCAGGACGUGAAAAAGGAGAACCCUCUGCAAUUCAAGUUUAGGGCAAAGUUCUUUCCAGAGGACGUCUCGGAAGAGCUCAUCCAAGAGAUCACGCAGAGGCUCUUCUUCCUUCAGGUGAAGGAAGCCGUCUUAAACGACGAGAACUACUGCCCCCCCGAGACCGCCGUGCUCUUGGCCUCCUACGCCGUCCAGGCCAAGUACGGCGACCACAACAAGGACGUGCACAAGUCUGGCUACCUGGCGGCCGACCGCCUGCUGCCACAAAGAGUUCUGGAGCAACACAAGCUGACAAAGGAGCAGUGGGAGGACAGAAUACAGACCUGGCACGAGGAACACCGAAGCAUGCUCAGGGAGGACGCCAUGAUGGAGUACCUGAAGAUCGCUCAGGACCUGGAGAUGUACGGCGUCAACUACUUUGAGAUCAAGAACAAGAAGGGCACUGAGCUGUGGCUUGGCGUCGACGCCCUCGGGCUCAACAUCUACGAGCACGAAGACAAGUUGUCGCCCAAGAUCGGCUUCCCGUGGAGCGAGAUCCGAAACAUCUCCUUCAAUGACAAGAAGUUUGUCAUCAAGCCCAUUGACAAGAAAGCGCCGGACUUUGUGUUCUACGCGCCUCGCCUGCGCAUCAACAAGCGCAUCCUGGCGCUGUGCAUGGGCAACCACGAGCUCUACAUGCGGCGCAGGAAGCCCGACACCAUUGAGGUGCAGCAGAUGAAGGCUCAGGCCCGGGAGGAAAAACAUCACAAGCAGAUGGAGAGAGCGCAGCUGGAGAAUGAGAAGAAGAAGCGCGAGCACGCCGAGAAGGAGAAGCAGCGCAUGGAGCGCGAGAAGGACGAGCUGAUGGAGCGCCUGCGCAACAUCGAGGAGCAGACGCAGCGUGCGCAGAAAGAACUGGAGGAGCAGACCCGCAAAGCCCUGGAGCUGGAACAGGAGAGGAAGCGGGCCAAGGAAGAAGCCCAGCGUCUGGACCAGGAGCGGAGGGCCGCCGAGGAAGCCAAAGCCGCCCUCGCGCAGCAGGCGGCCGACCAGAUGACGACCCAGGAACAACUGGCUGCCGAAUUAGCCGAGUUCACCGCCAAAAUCUCGCUCUUGGAAGAAGCCAAGAGGAAAAAGGAGGAAGACGCCACUGAAUGGCAGCACAAAGCCAUGGCGGCGCAGGAUGAUUUGGAGAAGACGCGAGAGGAGCUGCGAAUGGCCAUGACGUCGCCCACUACGGCGCCGCCCGAGCACGACGAGCACGACGAGAGCAACGAAGAGGCCAGCGCCGAGCUCUUGAGCUACGGAAUCAGCAGCCAGCGCAGCGAAGAGGACAGAGUUACCGAGGCGCACAAGAACCAGCGUGUCAAGAACCAGCUGCAGGCGCUGAGCUCUGAGCUAGCGGAGGCUCGUGACGACACCAAGAACACGGCCAACGACGUCCUUCAUGCCGAGAAUGUGCGAGCAGGCCGCGACAAGUACAAGACGCUGCGGCAGAUCCGACAGGGCAACACCAAGCAGCGUGUCGACGAGUUCGAGUCCAUGUGAGGAGGGCGCCGCACAACAAAACCUCAAACAGGGACUCUCGCUUGCGCAUCGCCAAAAAUCCGCCAAUCCAAUUUUUACCGGCCAACAAAAAAUGGCCGACCUGCGCGGAUGACUCUAGCUUUCAAUGUCGCUCGCUCACUUUGAUUUCCAACAUUUUCUUUCUGGCUAGCAUUCUUUGAAACCAUUCUGUGUCCUGUGUAGGGUCCUCAUGCAUUUUACUUUGAUUCCUGUUCAUGUGGCUCAUCAGCUGACCCAGUAAACACGCAAACCAAA